AUGUUACUCAAGGAAGAAGCUGGGAGAAGGAAGAAACAGAAAGAACCAGGAAUGGCUGCCGUGCAGGGACAGUUAACGUUCAGGGAUGUGGCCAUAGAAUUCUCUCAGGAGGAGUGGGAAUGCCUAGACCCUGCACAAAGGGCUUUGCACAGAGAUGUUAUGUUGGAGAACUACAGCAACCUCGUCUCCCUGGGAGUAACACUUCCUUAUGUGAAUGUUAUGUCUAUGUUGGACCAAGAGAAAGGGCCCUGGGCUGUGCAGAGUGAAUCAAUAAUAACCACACAUGGACAGGAGCAGAUCAGAGCUGUCAGUGCAGAGAAUAUUAAUGAUAAUGAAGUUAAGUCUGUCACCGGUGCUUCUUCAAUUUUGUUGUCUCGUCAAAUCCUUCAGACUUGUGUCAGAGCACAGGUUAUUGACGAAUAUGAGGAUGAUGGUUAUUGUUCACUACUUAAGAAAAGACAAAAAGCACUUAUUAAGGAAAAACCUUAUCAAUGUAAAGAGUGUGGCAAGGUAUUCAGUUACAGUUCUUCUCUGGCACAUCAUCGGCAAAUUCACACUGGAGAGAAACUUUACAAAUGUGUUGAAUGUGGAAAGGCUUUUUUUCGACGUUCUUAUCUUUUGGUACAUGAGAGGCAUCAUACUGGUGCAAAACCCUACAAAUGUAAUGAAUGUGGCAAGGUGUUCACUCAGAAUUCACACCUCACAAGUCAUCAGAGAAUUCACACUGGUGAGAAACCAUACAAGUGUAAUGAAUGCGGCAAAGCCUUUAGUGUCCGUUCAAACCUAACUAAUCAUCAGGUGAUUCAUACUGGAGAAAAACCAUACAAAUGUAAUGAAUGUGGCAAGGUCUUCAGUCAAACUUCAAGCCUUGCAAUUCAUCGGAGAACGCACACUGGAGAGAAACCUUACAAGUGCAAUGAGUGUGGAAAAGUCUUUAGCUCACAUUCAAACCUAAAUACCCAUCAGGUAAUUCAUACUGGAGAAAAACCCUACAAAUGUUCAGAAUGUGGCAAGGUCUUUACUCAAAAUUCACAUCUGGCAAAUCAUUGGAGAACACAUACUGGAGAGAAGCCUUAUAAGUGUAACGAGUGUGGAAAGGCCUUUAGUGUGUAUUCUAGCCUCACUACCCAUCAGGCAAUCCAUACCGGAGAAAAACCUUACAAGUGUGAUGAAUGUGGCAAGGUCUUUACUCAGAAUUCACAUCUUGCAAGUCAUCGUGGAGUCCACAGUGGGGAGAAGCCUUACAAGUGUGAAGAAUGUGGCAAAGUCUUCAGUCAGACUUCAAAUCUUGCAAGACAUUGGAGGAUUCAUACGGGAGAGAAGCCUUACAAAUGCAAUGAAUGUGGCAAAGCCUUUAGUGUGCGUUCAAGUCUAACUUCCCAUCUGGUAAUACAUACUGGAGAAAAACCAUAUAAAUGUAAUAAGUGUGGCAAAGUCUUCAGUCAAACAUCAAGUCUUGCGAUUCAUCAGAGAAUUCACACUGGAGAGAAACCUUACAGGUGCAAUGAGUGUGGAAAAGCCUUUAAUUCACAUUCAAACCUUAAUACCCAUCAGGUAAUCCAUAGUGGCCAAAAACCUUAUAAAUGUCUGGAAUGUGGCAAAGUGUUUACUCAAAAUUCACAUCUGGCAAAUCAUCGGAGAACCCAUACAGGAGAGAAACCUUACAAGUGCGACAAGUGUGGCAAAGCCUUCAGUGUGUACUCAACUCUGACUACUCACCAUGCCAUCCAUACUGGAGAAAAACCUUACAAGUGCAAUGAAUGUGGCAAAGUCUUCACUCAGAAUUCACACCUAGCAAAUCACCGUAGGACUCACACUGGAGAGAAACCUUACACGUGUGAUAAGUGUGGUAAAGCCUUUAGUGUACGUUCAAGCUUGACUACCCAUCAGGCUAUCCACACUGGAGAAAAACCUUACACGUGCACUGACUGUGGCAAAGUCUUUAGUCGAAGUUCCAACCUUGCAAGUCAUCGGAGACGUCAUAUCAGCCAGAAGAAUAAAUGA